CAGAAUAUGUCAACUUUAUCGAAUUAUGAGGGAUUGUUCAAGUGGUUGACGUGUGUCUGCAUCCUUCUGUCUGUUUCCUUGAGUUGUGGACAGCAGACAUCACAGUACUGGGCAUAUGUGGAUGUACGGGAAAAGGCCCAUAUGUUUUACUGGUUGUAUGAAUCCCCAGCAACUGAUGCACCAUUGAUUAUGUGGCUACAGGGUGGACCAGGCGGGUCAUCCACUGGAUUUGGUAACUUUGAAGAGCUAGGUCCAUUGGAUAUAGACCUGAAGCCCAGAAAUACAACAUGGCUGUCAGCAGCUAGUCUUCUGUUUGUCGACAAUCCUGUGGGCACUGGUUUCAGCUACGUGGACACACUUGAUGCUCUAACAACAGACGUGAACAUGAUUGCAGACGACAUGCUUGUCUUGCUGAAGUCUUUCUUCAAGGAAUCAAAAUGGGGUACAAAAUAUCAGCACACUCCAUUUUACAUAUUUUGUGAGUCUUAUGGUGGAAAGAUGACAGCUGCCAUUAGUGAAGUCCUUUACAAAGCUAUUGAUAGAGAAGAACUUCAUUGCAAUUUCAAGGGUUUGGCACUUGGCGAUUCCUGGAUAUCUCCAAUAGACUCCAUGUUAAGUUGGGGUCCCUAUUUACAUACAAAUUCCAUCGUGGAUAAACAGGGUCUGACCAGGAUCAACGCCUCAGCUAACAAAGCAUUACGCUACAUUCAAUCUAGUCAGUGGACUACUGCGACUGAUCAGUUCAAUAUAUGUGAGGGGGUUGUUGAAGAAACUUCCAACGGAGUGAAUUUCUAUAAUAUUCUGAAGUGGGGUUCGGAAGAAUCACAAGGAAGUAAUGUGGGGAAACGCAGUAAAAAACACAUGCUAGAACCAAGAAUACUGAAUGUUUUGCAAGCGGACAAAUUGACAGUUUUGAUGAAUGGACCAAUCAGAGAGAAGCUUAAGAUCAUUCCAUCACAGGUCCAGUGGGGAGGUCAGAGUGGGGAAGUGUUUCAGCACAUGAAGGAGGACUUUAUGAAACCUGUUGUGGAUGUUGUCAACAGAUUAAUUGAGAAGACAAGCCUACAAGUAGUUGUUUAUACCGGACAAUUAGAUCUGAUCUGCUGUACUCCAGGGACUGAGAAAUGGGUGGAAAGUUUAGAUAUCUAUCCUCACUUUCUUACAUCGAAGAGAACAACCAUUCCAGACCCUGUGACUGGUCUCACCUCAGGUUAUGUGAAAACUUACAAGAACUUCUCCAUGUACUGGAUCCUGGGAGCUGGGCAUAUGGCUCCACAGGACAAUGGACACACAGUGCUUGCUAUGGUCAAGAGGGUGACAUAUGGUCAUAAUUCCAAAUCUAUGAAUAUGGAUUCAAACUGGAUGAACAAAGAGUGGAACAAGAAUGUUUUUAAGGGGUCAAAUUGAGGAACAAAUUGAGGAACAAAUUGAGGAAUCAUGCCGAAGUUUUCUUUAAUUUCAAUUGCAAUUUUUGAAAUAUUUUACCGGUUUGGAUGCUGGUCUGAAGGUUGAGGUAUUUCUUUGCUCUCACUAUUUUUUGGGAAUAGGGAAUUUGUUUUUACCAUGUUCCAUCCUGUCUUAUUGUGUCACGUCCAAAAUCAUCACUCAAUUUUCUUUCAACUGUGUUUUAUGGAAUUUUAUUUAUAUAAAGGUCAACUUGAAUAACUUGUUGAAUUCAUGAUACAUUUGAUUGUAAAUG